CUCUCCGCCUUCCUCCUCCUCCUCCUCCUCUCCACCCUCUCUGCCAGAGAGCCCAGACGACAGACAGCCAUCCAGCCGCUCUCCGUCCUGCUCCUGCCGCCGCCGCUGAGCGGAGUGUGGUCUCCUUUUUUCCACCUGAGUGGGUUUCUCCACGAGCCGGACAGCGAGUUUUUAUUAUUAUUUUUGAACUAUUUUUUUUUAUUUUUAUUAAUUACUAACCGGGUUUGGGGACAUUUAAUCUUUUUUACUCCUGCUGCCCUUCAAGUGAAAUGGAGAAAAUGGCCAGACCUCUUCCUAUAAACCCAACUUUCCUGCCGCCGACUCAUGGAGUCCUGAAAUCCCUGCUGGAAAACCCGCUGAAACUCCCGUUUCACCACGAUGAAGGAUUUGGGAAGGAUAAGGAGAAAGAGAAAAAGCUGGAAGAUGAGAGCAGCACAGCCAGCCACCCCCAGUCGGCCUUCCUGGGGCCCACUCUGUGGGACAAGACCCUGCCGUACGACGGCGACAACUUCCAGCUGGAGUACAUGGACCUGGAGGAGUUCCUGUCGGAAAACGGCAUCCCAGCCAACACGGCCCAGAGCGAGCAGGCAGCGCAGCCGUCCCAGGCAGCACUGCAGCAGGUCUCGCCGCCCAAGCCGCCCACCCCCUCAGUGGUGGACCUCAGCAGCCGCGCCACCACCUCCGUUCACACAGCCAUGCCGUCUCAGACCUGCCUGCACAGCCCAACCGCUGCAGCCAGAGACACACCCAGCCCCAUCGACCCGGAGUCCAUCCAGGUCCCGAUGACGUACGAGCCGGACCCGGCCGACCUGGCGCUGUCCAGUGUUCCGGGUCAGGAGAUGUUCGAUCCCAGGAAGCGCAAGUUCUCCGCCGAGGAGCUGAAGCCGCAGCCCAUGAUCAAGAAAGCCCGGAAGAUCUUCAUUCCCGAGGACCUGAAGGAUGAUAGGUACUGGGCGCGACGCAGAAAGAACAACGUGGCGGCGAAGCGCUCGCGGGACGCGCGCCGCCUCAAAGAGAACCAGAUCGCCAUCCGAGCCGGCUUCCUGGAGAAGGAGAACGCCGCGCUGCGUCUCGAGGUGGCCGACUUGAGGAAGGAGCUGGGCCGCUGCAAGAACAUUCUGGCUAAAUACGAGGCGCGACAUGGGCCCCUGUGAGCCCCUCCUGUGGCCCAUCUCUGCUCCCAGAACCUCCAGUUUGCCCUCCUGUUUAAAGGACAAUGUCUCUAAUGGCGGCACCUCCACCUGUAUGAUUCUGGUAUUUUGUUAAGCUUCAUCUCGUCUGCUCCUCCUUUGAUUUCUCUACACGGUUUGAAUAAAUAGAUAUAAAUAUAUUUACAUGUGCGUACUUCCCACUGUGAGGAGUUCGAGCCCGCCUCCUUCUCUACAUCAGACCAGGACUAAAAUCCUCUUUAUUUUGUCGUUCUUAGCCACUUAUGUUAGUAUUUCCUGUCCAAUCCAGGAACAUUUUGCUCUCUGUUAGUAUUAUGUUUUAAUUUCUUGAGCAAUAAUUUUAAAUAUGUCUCCACCUCCUGCUCCUGCACUAACUAGCGUCUCACAAUCGGAUCCGGUUCAAGAAAAUUCCUCCUAUUUAUCUCCCUUUUAUUUCUCAGAUGGAAGUUUGUUGUUUUUAUAUCUAUAAAUAAAUAUAUAUAUAUAUAUUCUGUUGAUAUAAUUGUUAGUAUUAUUACUGCUCUGAAAGCUGUGGUUGUUUAGCCUCCUUCUCUUCAGGUUGAAGCAUGGUUUCUCUCUGUUGUUUUGGACUAGUUGUUGAUUCUUUGGAUUCUGUUUGACUUGGCAUGACUAGUCCGACUGGUUUUGUUUAGUUUUUUUCUUUCUUGUAGGACUCAGUGCAGAUGUUUUGUCGGUGGCGUCUGUUUGCCGUCUUUUUACAGAUGGCUGUAUGAAUGUAAAAGAGAAAGAAGGUUGGAUGGUGUUGUCCAAUACUGUGGUUCACCCAGUCAGUUUGUUUCCUGCAGACCAAACCAGAGAUGUUUCUAUAAAUCUGUACGUUGUUCCUUUUUUGUACAGUAUUUUUCCAAUAUAUAUAUAUAUAGAAUUGGUGAAUUGUGUAUUUUAAAGGCACAACAAAUCCAGAGAAAUAUAAAAAAUGUGUUUAAUAAAAUAAAUGAAUAAAUAAAAAGGUAUUUUGAUUUUCUAUUUGAGGGAAUGGGAAGGAAACCAAAAUAUUGGGGGCAUUAUUGUAAUUAUAUAAUAUGAUUUCAACACUCAAUGUGCUUAAUGUUCUCAAAAACAUGGGAUGGCGUUACUAUGACGGCAGGGAAACUAUAGCUGGUUCUUCCUGCUGCUCUGCGAUUGUUUUCUUCAGUUGUAGCGAGUCCCUGAACCUGAGUGAUGAACUUUUUGUUUUGUUUUUGCUGUUUUCUUUUUAACUGGGCUUACUGCAGAGUCUUUAGAUUGAAGCUGGAUUUAUGAGUCAUGUUUUAGACAGCCAUCAGUCUACAAUGUGGAUAUGUUGUUUCACAAGGCAGAUCAUGGCAUGUAUGGAAGUCCAGAGGUCCCAAAAUGAUGGCAUCUUUUUGGAUGAGAAUUCUAAAGAUUAUUUCUUGCAAAUGUUUGCAGUUUGCUCUAAUUGUACAAAACGUAACCCGUUGCAGAAAGAUUUACCUCAAACAUCAUCUCACUGUAGUAGAUGAGGCCACUAAUGCCAGAUGUCGCAUAACCUACACCAAUACCAAAGAUUGUUUUGGAAGCAAUUAUCCUUAAUCAACAUCACAAAUUUGCACACUAAUUAUUUUAUUCAAAUAAACCAGCUCUGCUUAAUUUGACCCCCGGUUAAUGGCAAAAACUAUUUUUAAAUAUUUUUGCCAUAAGUGCCUUUCUCAUUUGGUUUUGAAAUGACUGCAUUAUAUUUUGUUAAAAGGCUCAUGAAAUAUUACAUCAAAUUUGAACCAUCUCGGAAGCAUCAUGGUUUUUAAUGACAGUUGCUGUUUUCAGCUGGCACUUUCCGCCUGAAAAUUAGAUAUUCUGCAAAUGAUUAAAUUAGCAGUUUCCAUUCCUGCCAUAAAAUUUUCAUUAAGUUAAAGCAACACUACAUCCUUCUUGAACUCAAGUGGGCAGAAGCUGUGUAAUAAUUCAACAAAAUAACACAUUUAAUAUACUCUUAAGAUUUUUUUAGUUGCUCAUUAAUUCCAAUAAGUUUUUGGCAUCUCAGGACUUCCGUAUUUGUCUCCUGAGGUCAUGCUCAUUUGGAUCUUCCGUAUUUGGUUCAUUUAAAGAUUGGUAAAGUGAAAUAAAAUAAAUCCUGGAACCUUCACCUCUGUAAAACAAAACUCUCACAUUCCACUGAGACUUUUCGAAGCGUUAUCGAUCUGGUGUGAGCGAUAUUAGGCGACCAUUUUGUUACUCAGAGUUUUUAUCCCUUUUGAGGCUCCAUAGCUUCCAGGGCGUCUUUGUUUUUCAUUAGAAUCAAGCAGGAAAAAUCCAGUAAUGAAUCUGUGAAAUCCCAAACGUACCUCACGUGUGGAGUGAUCCCUCUACCUCACCUGGAAAUAUUAACCAUAAUCAUCGUGAGUUUGUUCCAGUGCCUUUAAUUCACCGACUGUUUCCCAGUGUUUUGGUCCCGUACAGAUUGGCGCCGGAAGGUUUCCUGAACCUUCUUUUUAUUUCAAACAUUGCAGCAGAUUUGUAACCAUUGUAUUCAUGGCAACACCAACAGACUGUUUCAGAGUGUUUAAAGCAUAAAGGAGUAUUACGUGUUGUUCAGCCCUCUGCCUCUCUGUCUGUAAUUUCUAGUGUCUAAUAAAAAUACCACUUAUUUUC